AUGAAUAAUAAUGCUUCAACUUUGUCUGACCAAUACCAAUGUUGUAGCAAUGAUUUGGCUCUUGUUGGAGAGAAUUUGGCAAAAUCAAUGGGAAUUGAGCAAGUUUUGAACAAUUCGAAGAAUUCUGAAGUAAUUGAAGAAGAAAAAAUGGAAGAGGAAGGAAAGGUUGAAAAAAGUGAAGAUAAAAUUGAAGAAAACGUAAAGGUUAAAGAAGGACAUGGAGAAGAAGAGAAGAAUAAUAAAAAUGACAAGACUUCUCCAAUUUUUGAAGAAACUGUUUUGGAUUUGAGUAAAUCUGUGGUGAUUAAUGACGAGGAUACUAGUGGACAAAAUGAGAAAAAUGCUAUAAUAGAAGAAAAUAAAACUGUCAAUAAUUCAUUAAAUAAUAUGGAAAUUCCGUGUGUUGAUUCAUCAAAUACUACAUUAACAAAAAUGUUUAAUGAUUUUUUGUCUCAUUAUAUGGGUGGUGGAUUUACAGCAAAUAAUAAUGGACAAAAUGUUGUUGGGGAUGGACAGGAAGGAAAGAAGGAUGUGGACAAUCAAGAGACGGCUUCGACUACUUUGCCUUUUUCUGCUAAUUUCUUCAUUUCUCCGCCACCACCACCGCAACAACCUGUUGUUGCUGAAAUGCCUUCAGCACCUCCUGUAGCGGCUGAAAAUGGAACUCAAACUGACAAUGAGGAAGGAAAAGAGGAAAAGCGUGCCAACAUUUACCCUGAUUUGGUUGCCCAUGCAUUAUCUCGUAGUGGAAUUGUUGAUGAAAUUUGCACUGCUGGUGCUCCUCAUCCUUUUACAAUUGCCCAGCCUGGGGGAUCGCAACAUAGCCGUAAAUGUUCGUGGCAGCAUUGGGAAAUUAAAGUAAAUAACAUUGCCAAUCAACUUGUGGAUAUGGGUUAUGAUAAUUGUAAUGGAUGGCUCUAUCGUUUGGUCGUAGAAGCAAAUUAUGACGUUAAUCGUGUAUUUGAACUUAUUGAAGAGGACCCGCUUCAUUUGGAACGCCAAAUUUUGGCUGAUUUGUAA